CGUGCAACAGUUGUCGGCUAAUAAUACCGACCUGCUGCGCCUUUAAGAGGAUGACUGAGGAAACCUAAUAUCUCCACAUCGAGCUCAAGUCUCUGUCAAUAGAACAGGCGGUAUCGGACUCUGUCUGUGCUCUCUGCUCCAAACUCCACCUGUUUUUUGUCGCUUUUUGUGUUACCUCACGGAUUAAAUUACGGAUUGCACCUUUAAGAAACUGUCACCGGGAUUAGGGUUACGCGCAGCGAGCAAGGUCGCCCUCCUAAGGGGUUUUACGCACCGUCGGUACCCAGGGAAGCGUCUCCUUCAGCGGUAUUUCUCCCUCUGUCUCUCGUCUACCUCACUGGUCCUGACACGAACCGGGUCGGCCCUCAAUACCUUGCGACAUGGCCGAGACAGGGAAAGGGGUCACUGCUGGGAAACUGGCCAGCAACGUCCAGAAGAGACUGACCCGAGCGCAGGAGAAGGUCUUGCAGAAACUCGGCAAAGCAGAUGAGACCCGAGAUGCUGCCUUUGAGGAGAUGGUGGCCAACUUCAACAAGCAAACGGCAGAAGGCACCAAACUGCAGAAAGACCUGAAGGCCUACCUGACAGCAGUGAAAGCCAUGCAUGAUGCAUCACGGCGGCUGCACGACUGUCUGGCUGCCAUGUACGAACCCGACUGGUUCGGCAAAGAGGAGAUGGACACUCUGGCAGAGGAGAUGAUAGAGAAGGAGAUGGACGAGAACUUGGAGGACACAGACACUCUGUGGCUAGACUACCACCAGAGCAUCAUGGAAAAGUCUCUGCUGCCCAUGGACACAUACCUGGCUCAGUUUCCCGAUAUCAAGGCUCGUAUAGCAAAGCGCGACAGGAAGAUGGUGGACUUUGACAGCGCCAGGCAUCACUUCACCUCCUUACAGAAAGGCAAGAAGAAGGAUGAGGCCAAGAUUGCAAAGCCAGCAGCCCUGUUGGAGAUGGCGGCUCCCAGCUGGGCUCAGGGUUUGAUAUCAGCCCACCAGGUGGCUCAGACUAACCUCUCCUACAACCAGGCCGAGGAGGAGCUGGGCCGAGCUCAGAAGAUUUUCGAGGAGCUGAACGUGGAGCUACAGGAUGAGCUGCCAGGACUGUGGAACAGCCGUGUUGGCGUCUAUGUUAACGCAUUCCAGAGCCUGGCCGGCCAGCAGGAGAAGUUCCACAGGGAAAUGAACAAGCUCAGCCAAAACCUGAAUGACAUCAUGACCAAACUGGAGGAGUGCCAGCAGCUCAAAAAAGAUGGUACUGCAGCAGCCAAGAUGGGAGAUGAUGCAAAGAGUGAGGAAGCCAACCACAGCGAAUCAGCCAGCUCUCCACCAAAGAGGCCCGGUCCUCCACCUCCCAGUCGGCCUCCACCCAGACUGACGCCGUCCCCGGACCAGAGACAGCAGCUUGUUGCCCUGUUCGAGGACGGGGCCUCAGUGGCCAAUGCUGAGACAGACUGUGUGACCAGGACACAGCAGGUGCCAUCAUGGGAUUCAUGGAGUGCAGCGACCAGUGGCACUGAUGGUGAACUCCCUCCGGGUUUCCUCUACAAGGUAAAAGCAAUACAUGACUAUGCUGCCACUGACCGUGAUGAGCUGGAACUGAAGCUGGGAGAUGUCGUGCUGGUUCUGGCCUUUGACAGCCCAGAUGAACAGGAUGAUGGCUGGCUCCUGGGACUGAAGGAGUCUCAGUGGCUGGAGGAGAAAGACACUUUUAACAAAACUCAGUACCAGCAGCAGCAGCAGUGUGACCUGUGA